AUACCCCCUCCACGAGCUACGGUUCUAGGAGAAGAGAGGAAGGUGUCAAGCUCACAGCCUCAUAUGAUUGAAGGUCCCUUGCUCAUUACAUCGGCUGGAUCAGAGGAAGUUUCUGACGCUGCUUUACCAAAAUGGCAAGACCCUUUAUUGGAUGAUAUUUUGGGCAAGACAGAAAUGCCGAAUUCAAACAUAUCAGUACCAGGGCUUCUUGUCCAAAUGGAUAUCUCUGAAUUCUGCAGCAAAGCAUACAAUUUGGAUAUAUGUUGUAAAGGAGAUUUUGAUGAAGAGUUCAAACUUUUGGAGCCCCUGUUCUCUGACCACUUUGAGUCCUUGUUCAAGGAAUCUUAUUGCUAUCUUAAGGAGGCUAUGACCAUCUCCAUGGUGCAUGACAAGUUGCAAAAGGGAAUUUCGAAAAAUGGAAAGGGCAAGGCGUUCAGGAUGACAAGGCAAUUAGAAAAAAGCAUUGAGGCGGUAGACUCUGUUAAGAUUAAAGGAAUGGAUGUUUGGCGCCGGGUUGAUGAGGUGUUCGAAGAGUUCAUAGGUAAUGAUCCCUGGAAUGAUCUUUUUCUGCUCAUUGAUGUUGUGAUUCCUGCUUUGCCACCAGUUCAUCAGGUAAGUGGUGAAGCCAUCAGUGGUUUGUUUGAGAAUAGGUUCUUCCUGAUGGUAGCUUCUAGGAGUUCUGUGUCUGUGUCUGAGGGUGAAAAGGGAGGGUUAAUGGGUUUGGAGGGGCUUUUGGUUGGGUUUUUGCUGGUUGGGAUUAUUAUGGGGUGGGGACUGGUUAAGAGGAUCAGGGGUUGGGUUUGUAGUGGGGUUAGUGGCAGGCUGAGUUGUUUGGGUGUUUUUGGGUGCUUUCUUCUGGAAGAUAGUGACUGUGUUGUGUUUAGAGACUUGAGGAAUAUUCCGGCCAAGUUUCUGAGGUUCCGGCAAGGGGUUUGGGAGAAGGGUUUGCUUGUUUUUAAGGGAGGAGCAUUCUCCACUGUGUCUGGAUAUGCCCUUGCAGGGGUGGGAACUGACUUGCUGGAGAUCUGGGUUGCUGAAGAUGGCAAGUGGCUGGGAGGUGAUGCUGUUGCUUUAGGGAUGGGAGGGUUGGUUACAGAGACUAAAGCAGCUCCAUUUUACAGCCUCCCCACCGGUCAAGCCGAAGAAUUUCAACCCCUACCACGUAAAAUCCUUAGUCCUACUGCUCCCGCCUUUGUGCCUAUUGUUUACUCUUAUGCUGCUCUCUUCACUGAGGAACAAGGAACUGUAGUAACAGCAGAGCCGGAAGAUGACCCCUUUUCAAAUAUCAAUGGCCAAAGUUUGAUACUUUCCCUCAACGCAGUGGAAGAUCAUGCUAAGGACAGGGAUGGACCCAUUCUCUAUACCCACUCUGAUGGGGAGGAAUUUGUGUUCAUAGAUACAAAACUCAGGCCUUUGCAAAUUGACCUCUCAAGAUGCUCUAAACACCCCCUCCAUCUCCGUAAAGAACUAAAGGGCAGAAGGACGUACUCACCGUCACAAAUUGUUACGAGGAGUAAGGCUAAAAUCCUUGAGCAAGGAAGGAAAAUUAAUCCUAUCGGCUGGGUCGAAGAAGAAGACUCGUUAGAACCCCAGGAAUCCCAUGAAGACGAGGUUAUCAAAUUCUUCAAACUUUGUUUUCCCCACAAGGCAGAAGAUCCUAAACCACAUAGCAAACCUCUAACCAAAACUCAAAAAAAGAAAAUGAAGAAGAAAAAGAAGCAGUCUCAAUUUUCAGACUAUGGGUUGGAGGAAGAGAUAGAAUAUGCUUAUUGAUUGUCAUGUUGCUUAAGUUUAUCUCUACCUACUGUUUGUUUCUUUAGCUCAUUUCUUUUAGCUACUGUAAUGGUUCCAAUGUCAAUGAUUUGGAGUUGGAGCAUAUCCACUUUAGAGAACUGGUUUUUUUUCAAUUCUCAACACUGCCUUCAGUGUAUAUGGCUGGCCUCUCCGGUGUGCUCAAACAGCUGUAUUAGGAAGCUCCUUGAGUCUGGACGGAGGUACAAGGUACCAGGACAGAGCUGGGAAAUAAUGCACAUGAUGAUGG